AUGACCCUCGCCAUCGACCUUUUGAACCCUUCAGCUGAGCAAGAGCGUCGCAAGCACAAGCUCAAAAGGCUUGUACAAAGCCCCAACUCAUACUUCAUGGAUGUUAAAUGUCCAGGUUGCUUCAACAUCACAACCGUCUUCUCCCACGCCCAAACUGUAGUUCUUUGCGGAUCUUGCGCUACCGUCCUUUGCCAACCUACGGGUGGAAAGGCUCGUCUGACAGAAGGUUGCUCUUUCCGAAGGAAGAACUAG